UAACGUGAUUACAGCAUUGUUGCAAUAAAACUACCUCUUAUCGUAUUAAUUUGCAAAAUGUAUCGGAUAAAGCCAGGGUUGUUCAUAACAUGGCUGCUGUUGCUAUGUGGCAACGCGGGGUUAUUGCUGUGUUAUGAGAUGAAAAAACUUGAGCAGGUGCUUAACCACACUGGCGAAAUAGCAGAUUUUGGUGACUACAAUAACGAUGGUCAAUUAGACGUCAUAUCAUAUCAUACCAAUGGUGACAAAUCAACUGUAUAUGUACAUAGUGUCCCGAAUGAAGCGAACAAGAGUACUGUUUUGGCCAAAUACGAGGUUGCCGGAGUUGUCGAUGGCGUCAUUGGCGUUGAUGUGAAUUUGGACACUGCACUGGAUAUCCUAGUGAUAGUCAAGCAUGAAGACAAAUAUUACUUGGAAGUUAUAUACCAGGAUAGUUCAAACGGGAAGCUUGAGAAACGUUGGAAUUCCACUGAGAAAACUAACUCGGACACGUCCAGUGAAAAUGUCCAAGUUGAACCUGGCAAAUCACCAUACUACCAUUACACUUCUAUACAUCCCCUAGUGUUGGACAUAAAUGGAGAUGGUUAUCCAGAUUUCCUAUGCCAAUCUACGGAGAACAAGGUCUACGUAUGGAUUAAUAAGGAUGACGUGUUAAUUCCAUAUCUAAUGGAAAAAAUACCAAUGUGUUCAUUUGAGAGGCAAAUAAUUGGCCACAUACCAUCGCCGCAUUCAUCAGCUUUUGUGGAUUUAGAUGGUGACUGCAGACCAGAUUUGGUUCUCUUAGUCGAGAGAGAGAAUAAACACUACUUACAAAUUUGGCAGUCUUAUAGCGAGAGCAAUAAGCUCAAGUAUGUCAGCAAAAGGGAGGCAGACAUUGAACUCCCGGAAAACCAUGGCCAAGUGUCAUUCGUGGACAUCAAUGCCGACGGUACUAUUGACAUUGCUGUUCCCUAUUGUACUAAAUCGGAAGAUAAAAGGGAGUGCGCGGAAUGCAAUAAGAUAGCCAUGGUUUUAAACAAACAGAAACCAUUCUGUUCCUAUAUUUGGAACAACCCCAACAGCGACAUGUGCAGAAAGGCCAACGAGCUCUGCACGAGGUCUUUGUUUGAAUUUAAACCACUGAUUGGUGAAUCAGCGGUGACUAUAUCUCUGCCAGAGGGCUUCAAAUUUUAUCACAGCAAAAAGCGCCCUUUGACCUUAACAUUUGGUGACCUGAAUAACAAUGGCUACCCAGAUAUUAUUUUAAUGGCACAUGACGUCGCAAAGUCAAAGUCAGUUGUUAUUAUAUUCAAAAAUGUGGACAAACAAGAUGCCACCGAUAUAUACACGAGAUCGUUUGAAAAAUCAGUUGUGUUGGAGGAAUUGGAGACCGGAGAACAUGAGUUUAGAGUAGCGGCAGUUGACCUCUUUGAGGACGGCAUUACCGAAAUUGCAGUGUUUGCUUCUGCUACAGGCUCCGUUGGCAAAAGCAUUGGCAAAUUUUAUGCUGUUGUAAACGAGGCGAUAGGAUUAUUUAUGAAAGCCAUGGUAAAGUCAUUUGCCGAUGCUGCUACCCCUUCAGUGAAUGUAUUGUCUACGGGAUCGAAUGUCAGUGGCAACGUGUUCAAGAUAACCGUUAUAGAUGUAUACGGUACAAAAUCGCCCAGGUGUUCGACUAUACGAGCCCAAUCUGCCCAUUCACCGCUCCUUCCACCCUAUUCCAUGUUUGGCUUGGGUAAGACCAACAACUACGUUGAAGAGUUCUAUCUGGGUGUACCUAGCAAAGCUGAGAGUCACAGUAAUAUGUGGAUUUCUAUCAUUCCCAAUUGCAGUGUCAUAGCGAUCCCGCAUAGACUUUUCUACCCUAAUGAGUGGACUGUGAAGCUUUCCCUAAGCCCUUCGAAGGAUAUAUACAAAAUCCUGAUAGCAACCGUGAUAUGUUUGAUAUCUCUGGGGGUUGUCAUCGUUGGGUUUGACCUAAAGGAGAAACGAGAGGAUUCGGAACAGGAAAAAGGUUUCCGUCAGAAUUUCAUCAUUAACUAACUAUG